AAUUUUGAAUAAUCGAAUUUUUGGCGCCACUUGAAUAAUCGAUAUCCGGAGGUUAGAGAGCAGCUGGAGAGCAAGACAACAGACGUAAAAACUAAACAUAGCACAUUACACAUUAGUCAACAUGACACCGACAACAGAAAGUCUAUCAGAUCUCCAGAAACAAGUAUUUUCACGAAUAAGUAACAAUGAAGCCGCGGAACUCUGCGCUCUGCUCGCUUCCAACAAAAUGAAGAUCGACUUCGUCGACGAAAACGGUAUGAGUCCUCUCCAGCAUGCCUGUUACAAAGGAAAUAAAGAGAUUGUCCAGAUGCUGCUCGACCAGGGAGCUGAUGUAAAUGCUUGUCAACAUGAGCAUGCAUAUACGGCAUUGCAUUUCGCGGCAUUAAGUGGCAACGCAGAUUUAUGUCACCUGCUGAUGUCCCAUGGUGCUAAACUGACGGCGACGAAUAGCGUAGGCAGGACACCGGCACAAAUGGCUGCCUUCGUAGGGAAUCACAACUGCGUGGCCACUAUCAACAAUUACAUACCAAAGGCUGAUAUUGAUUACUACAUAAAACCACAGGGAUUACAAACGGAGCCGAUGUUGCCUCCACAUCUGGCUGAUUCCCUUCACAAGUUCAUUAUGCAGGUCAAUGUACAUCCGGUUAGAGUCGCUAUGAGCUUGCAGAGGUGUACUGGUCUUAUAGAUCAUUUACCGAAGGUUCAAAAAGUAUUGGAGUCUAUGCGCCAUCGGGAAAUGACCAGAGGCACGGACACAAAUGAAAUAAUGGCAUUCAAAUAUCACUACCUGAGUUGUAUUGUAAGCGAGUUGAUAAAAUGCCAGAAGCGGUUGGAAGCGAGGAAGGCUGAGAAAAUAAACGGAGAGAAAACAGCGGAUGAGGAAAAAAAUAAAACGGAUCCGGUGGAGUUUUUUAUACGCGCACUGUUGAAGUGCAGCAGAAGCGACGGUCUCCCAGAGUACCAGGAGGCGCUGCUGAGAGAAAUAGUGAGGGAGUUCCCGUUCCGCGAGAGCAUGAUAUUCAGGCAGAUGGUGGCGACUUUGGCUGGAACUGACCCGCCGUCGGCGGUGUCUGUUAUAUCCGCGGCUAUCAAUGGACAACGUGGGUUCGCGGACAACCAGCAGAUCUGCAUGACCUGUGGGGAAGAAAAGGCGACCAAGAAGUGCAGCAAGUGCAAGGCGGUUCAGUACUGCGACCGCGAGUGCCAGAGACUGCACUGGUUUUUGCAUAAGAAAGAAUGCGCGCGCGUUAGUCCUUCUUGUAUUGGAUCCGCUGCUGGAAAUCCUAAAGUCACUGACACUGACAAAGUCGAUAUUGCCAAUGCUGUUAAAAACGAAAUUGGCAAUUUGAAUAUCAAAUAAAUUAUUUAGAUAGACUUUUUUUUUAAAUAGACGGGAGGUUACUUGGUUUUGAUUUCGAUACUUUUUAUUUGAAUUUAAUUCCGCACAAUUUUUUACGAUUUAAAUAAAAAAAGAAAGAAAAUAGAAUACAGAGUAAGAUCAGAGAGUUCAAGGAGACCUUUCAUUUAUAUUUAUUUUAUAUAUUGUAGGACUUUUCAUGUAUAUUAUCAUAAAAUAAAUUUGAAUAAUUGGUGGAAUAAUUUUUAAUUGAUUGAAAUAAUUUGUAGCCGGGCGAUUUUGGAAUUGCACCAGAGCGCGGGGUUACACGAUCUUGGAAUCGUCAAGUGGGACAUUGCGCUUCGUUUGUUUAUUGUUUAUGUUAUUUGUUAUUUUUCAUUGUGGAAGGGAAUAUCAACAUCUGGUAAGGUAAUUUUUAUUUUUUUAUUUAAUUAUGGGACGCGAUUUUGACAAAAUAAAUAAUUUAAUUGUAAAAAUUUCGAGUUGUAAAUUUAUAAAAUACAUUUAAAUAUUUUGUUUGAGUUGAUAACAAAAGUUAUUUUUUUUUAAUUCUGGCGGGCUUUUAAAAUAAAUAAAGACAACUUUUUUUUGUUUAAAAUAAAACCGCGGGAAAAUGAAAUGAAUAAAUUAAAUUUUUUUUAACAGUUUGUAAAAAAUAAUUUAAUUCAAAUUAAAUUUCCAUCAACAAAAUCUUUUUAAAUUUUUUUAGCCGACAGAAGUCCAGCGCUUUUAGUUUACGAUAAAAGUAAACCGGUAGCGUCGCGAUCAGUAAAAUAAAAAUAUAAAUUUAGUAACCGGCAUUAAAUUUAAAAUAAAUAUUUAAAUAAAAAGUAUUUUAAAUGCCAGCCUUAAAUGAAAAUCCAUAAAAAUACCGAUCCCUUGAUAGAUUAUUUGUAAAUAUCAUGACUACAUUUUUUCUCAACUGAGUAACCUCUGGUAUUAUUUAUUAUGUAAAAAAAAAGUUAUUUCUAUUAUUGAGUAACAAAAAUUAUAUACUCUUGUGUCUUUUACAUCUGAAUGAAGUCAGUUCACUGCCGACAAUCUUCUCAUUAAAAAUCCGUACCUCAUAAUCAAUAAUUAUUAUUAUUGUGUACUAUAAUUACUCAAUAAACAAUUAUUUAUAAUUUUUAAGUAUACGAAUCAUGUCGCGAUAACUUCCGUUAUAAUUAACGCCAAAAGUCAGUAGCAUUGAGUGUAAUAAUAAUUUUAUUUUCUUCUUGUUUUGUUUCUAUUCAAUUAUUUAUUUAAUUUAAAAGUCUAUGGCAAUAAAAUAUAUUGAAUAAUAAUUUAAAUCUCAUAAAAAUUAUUUAAGAGAAAAAAUAAAUGACUAAUUAUGUAUAAUAAAUGUAAUAGUAAUAAAAUAACACGGAUAAUUUAA